CUAAAAAGCAUUGAUUUAUUCAAAGCUGCCUACCGACUGGUAUUUCAAAGCUAGCUCCCUGCAAGGAAGCAGUCUUUUGCUUAAAGCUCCUUCUUCCAAAUAUAGACGGGCAAUCAAGAGUGACCAGGAGGUAAAAUGGAGGCAGUGCUCUGCUUUGCUGAACUUGCAGGCCUGUUCCUCUCGCUCAUUGGUUAUGUGUGCUGCUUGGUGGCCUUAUUCAUUCCUCGUUGGUUGACUUUUUCAUCAGGCCUACUGGUCAAUGAAAACUACCUGCUUGGUUUGUGGGAAACAUGUGUUGUUCAAGAUCUGGGUUUAACUGUAUGUCAAGAAUACCAGAUUCCUCUCCGUCUUCCGCUUCAAGUCCGAAUGGGUCGUGUCCUUGUUUGCCUGUCAGUAUUUAUUGGGGCCUUGGGAUUUACAGCCUCCGUACCAGCACUGACUUGUGUGAAAUGUCUUGACAACACAGAUAGACAUGUCAGAAAGAUGCUAGCUGUCCUUGGAGGAGUCCUGUUUGCAGCGGCGGGCGCACUGACUUUCUUCUCUGUAUCCUACUUUGCUUAUGAUACAUUGUUAAAAUUUUGGGAUCACAAUAUCCCUAAAGGUGUUCCCCGUGGGGAAUUUGGCGAUGCAAUGUAUACUGGCUGGGUGGGUGGAUUUUUUCUGCUAGCGGGUGGAAGUGUGUUUAUCCUCUCACAAUUCCAUUCCACUUAGGAGUCUGAAUUAAAAUGAGCAUAGGAAACCAAUUACUAUUCUUGGAUUUACUAGUUAUACCAUGAAAUUUAGGAUAAAAGUAUUACAUUCUGCUUUAUGAUGCCAGAUUGGUUUUGUUUUCAGCAAAUUAUAGGAUGUCAAUAAUUGCAGCUUUGUCUAUGUUAUCUGUAGAGGCAUAUAAUACGCUAUAUAAUAAGUCAUAAAUUAUGCAAUAUUUAU